GUGACUUUGAAGUUAGACUUUGGCAUAUUUUAUACUUAAACUGAAGAGCCCUUAAAGCAUUCACAGUUGCUAACUUAUUUUAACAUUUUUAUGACAAUUGGGAUUUAUAAACUUGAGUGUGAAGCGUGUUUGGCAUUUCACAUUCCCUAUUCCCUCAGUCAAGACCAAUUAUAUAUCAAGAGUGCUUUACUUAUUCUUACACUUAUGUGAUCAUCCAGCAAAUAAUUUUUGUAAUAUAUUAUUCUGUCCACUGAAUUGGCCCCCCUCCCUCAAUGAUUUGAGUUGCUGUGUUUGUUCAAUUAUCCUUUGAUAAAGAGCCAAAGGCAGGCUCACUUUUCUCUAAACGAGGCAAAUGAUAGCUUGUUUCAUUGCACGUAUCGUUGCAACCGACUUGAUCCAACUUCACCCGUCGCGUUGAUUGCUGCACUCUGCAAGUAAGGCGCUGUCGCAACAGAUGAAAUGUGGCCUUUGAGGUUGAUGUCACACAUGAUGCAUUUCAUCCACUUUCACUUUGAUGGCUUCUCAUCAUUUGCCUGUUGUCUGGCAGCAGCUCAAAGCAGCGGAGUUGACAGAAGGUAAUCCCCGCCAUGUGAGGCCUCGGCCCCGCUGUGCGUGCAGGAGGCGGGGUGUGCGUCAUUGAGACCUGUGGCUGCUAUAAAAAGAGGGGAAGUUGCAAGUCACCCAACUUGAAGCAGCGCACAAUAUUAGGGGGGUUGGCGGGAGGGGGGUGGGCGCACGCACGCACGCACGCACGCACGAUGCACACCAUGAAGGCCAUCAAGAACGUGCUGGUGUGCCUGGUGCUUCUGCCUCGCUUCCUGAUGACCGCGCUCAUGUUCUGGCUCCUCGACUUUCUUUGCAUCCGGAGGAGGUUUUUCCUCCGGAUGAAGGAGCGGGAGGAGAGCGACGCGAUGGACCCUCCUCUGUGCAUCGCUGACUCCAACCGCUUCUUCACGCUGGACUCCCUCAAGGCGGUGUGGCACGGACACAAACUGGACCUCCUCAAGGCGGCGCACCUCGGGCGCGGCGCGCCCAACACGGAGGUGGUGCGGCUGGAGGACGAGCAGUGCGGGCGCAUCCUGGACUUCGCCCGCGAAAGGAGACCGCUUAUCCUCAACUUCGGGAGCUGCACUUGACCCCCCUUCAUGGCGCGUCUCAAGGCGUUCCAGGGACUGGUGCUGGACCACGCCGACAUCGCCGACUCGGUGCUGGUGUACAUUGAGGAGGCGCACCCCUCGGACGGCUGGGUGAGCACCGACGCGCCCUAUCAGAUCCCCAAGCACCGCUGCCUGGAGGACCGGCUUCGCGCGGCGCAACUCAUGCGCUCCGAGGCGCCCGGCUGCCCGGUGGUGGUCGACGGCAUGGAGAACCCCUGCAACACCGCCUACGGCGCCUACUUCGAUAGACUUUACAUCCUGCAGGAGGGCAAGAUCGUUUACCAGGGGGGCAGGGGACCCGAGGGCUACCGGAUUUCGGAGCUCAGAGACUGGCUGCAGCGAUACCGGGAGAGGUUGGUGCGCGGCAGCAGUCUGGUCAUUCAUGUGUAGGAGCAUGUAGAGCUGCUAGCAAAACGCUGCACAUUUUGGGUAAUACAACUCCUCUUCAAUCCUACUAUAGUAUUUUGUUUGUGUCUGGUAAGGUUGGUCUGCGUUCAACUUGCGACAUGGACAAGUGCGCGUCGCUGCAUGCGCUCCUCAGUAUUUUUUGUGAAGUUCGGUUCUGAAACGGCGUCCGUCCGGAGAACCGGUACUGAUGUAUGAGAUCCCGAGGGGCUUCGAUUGCUGCACUCUUGUCCAUCUCGCCCCCCCGUACGUAAAGACUGUGUGUACGUGCGUGUGUGUACGUGCUUUUAUGCGUAUACUUUUUCAUACAAUAAAAUGUCCUCAUCUACCUCCACAAACUGUUGCUCAUUCUUUCUUGUAAUAAUUGUCUUCCUUUUCUUGCUGACAAGUUGCUCGUUCGAAUCUUACCGUGCCACUUUCCACUUAUGAAUGAAUGUUUUCGAUUUUUCUGGGUAGUUUCGUACCAGAAAACCAUUGGACGAUUCCUCAAUUUCCUGCAUUUUAAGACAAAACAGGCCUCUGUAUGCUUUCCUGUGGAAAUGUUCUUUGUGAGGUUCACUUAUUGAAGUUGUUUGUUGGGGUACAGACAAUGUGGAAGAGUUCUUCUCCAUAAGUGUCGUGGUUGGGGGUGUUGAAGCAGGCAUGUGUAUUUUUAAAGGAGUUCUUUGGCAAAUAUGUCAGCAAUCUGUGACAGACUGAUCAAAAUAGUACUAAAAUGUUUCAACAAAAGCACAUUUAUGAAUUAAAGUAUUUUAAUUAUUAUUUUUCAUCAUUUUAAUUCUAAAUAAAUAACCAAAGUAUUCCAAGAUAAAUAUUUGUAUUUUCAUUAAAGAUGUGUUUUAAGAUACAAAUACAUGAUUUGAAGAUAUAUUUUUUCAAAUAAUCACAUUCAAAAUAAAAUGUUUUUUUAAAUAAAGACAAAGUGACUGCUGUAACUGUUGCUGUUUUAAUCAAUACAUAUUGUAUUUUACAUAAGUCUUCUGAAAUAAACACUUGUAUUUUCAAAAUAAA